CACUACAUUCAUUGUAUUUGCCAACUGGCUGCAGGAGGGUGAAGCUACACGUCUUGGCCGUUCCGAUAGUUGUGAUUUGUUCAGAUGAGGGGAUUGUUUUGUUGAAAGCUUUGGAAGUGAGGUGAGGCCGGCAGCCUUCAGUAAGCCAUACGAGUGACGGUGUUAGGCAGUGUAAGCCGAGUGUGUUGUGCUCAGCGCCGCAGGAGAGGUGAUGUUCCUAGUGGGGCAGGAGUAAGCGAGCAGUGGGUCGGUGGGCCACCUUCAGAUGCUCAGAUAACAGCGGCUCCAGCAUGGCGGGGCCCACGAACGCCCUCAUGUGGGCGGUUGUGGGCGUGUGGGCGGCCUGUACAGCUGGGGCAUGGGCGGAUUACUCCGAUAUCAUGGCGGUGGAGCACCCGGGCCCAAGGCGCUGCGAGCCUAUCCGGAUCGUGGCGUGCCAAGACCUGGGCUACAACCUGACCUCCAUGCCCAACUUGGUGGGCAUUGAGCUGCAGAAGGACGCUGAGUACCGCCUCAACUCCUUCAAGCCGCUCAUCCAGUACGGGUGCUCCUCGCAGCUCAAGCUCUUCCUGUGCUCCAUCUACGCGCCCUUGUGCACGCCCCAGGUGCCCACGCCCAUCGGGCCCUGUCGGGACCUGUGUGAGACUGUGAGGAACCGGUGCGCGCCCGUGCUCUCCGAGCUCGGGUACCCGUGGCCGCACUUCCUGAACUGCUCCAAGUUCCCGGCCCACAACAACGAGGAGCACAUGUGCAUGGAGGGGCCGGGGGAGAAGAUGCCGCCCCAUUCGCCUCCGACGACCUCCCCGCGCCCCAAGCCUCCCCCGCGAUGUAGCCAGUACGCCCACGCUCACAAGUACCGCUACAUCAACGCGACGGGCACGUGCGCGCCCCUGUGCCAGGCCAACAUCUCGUUCAACAGCAGCGACAAGUCCUUUGCGGGCGUGUGGAUGGCCAUCUGGGCCGUCGUGUGCUUCGCCGUCACCCUGUUCACCGUCCUGUCCUUCUUGCUGGACGCCGCCGCCUUCAGAUACCCCGAGCGGGCGGCCGUCCAUCUGGCCCUGUGCUACAACCUGGUGGCCGUCGGGUACCUGGUGCGGCUGGUGGCAGGAGCGGGUCGGGUUACGUGUCACGCGGACCCGGAGUUGGGGGUCGGAGUGGCGGUGACGGAGGGAGGACUCCACACCACGUGCGCUCUCGUCUUCCUGCUCCUCUACUACUUCAGCACCGCCGCCUCCGUCUGGUGGGUGAUGCUGUGCGUGUCGUGGCUCCUACGGGCGUGGCGGGGCUGGACGCACGAGCAGAUCCUCCGUCACUCGUCCUGGUUCCACGUGGCUGCCUGGGGGGUGCCUGCCGCGCAAGCCAUCGCCUGCCUCGUGCUAAGGAAGGUGGACGCCGAUGAGCUCACUGGCACCUGUUACGCGGGCCAGCAGAACACGGAGACGCUGGUGCGGUUCGUGCUGGUGCCGCAGUUCCUGUACCUGGUGACGGGGGCGACGCUGGUGCUGGUCGUGUUCGCUUGCCUGUGGCGGGCUCGCGGGCGGCUGCGGGAGGAGGGCAUGAAGACCGACAGGGUAGAUGUGACGGCCGCGCGCGUGGGCGUGGUGGCGGUGCUCUACAUGGUGCCGGCGACGUGUCAGGUGGGCGCGACCUUCUACGAGUACGUGGAGCGUGAGCGCUGGCUGCGCGACCCCAGCGUCCGGCCCAACAUGGAGGUCUUCAUGCUCAAGAUCUUCAUGUCGAUGGCGGUGGGGAUCAUGGGCGGCCUCUUCCUGGUGAACGGGCGUGUGCUCAACUCGUGGAAGCAGCUCUUCAGGAGGUUCAGCGCCCGCAAGCAGCCACUGCCGGCAUACCUGCAGCAGCCGCACAUGCCGCAGCCGCACCACGUCCACCUGCACCUCCACAAGCACCCGCCGACGCACUGCGUGUCCGACGCCCACCACCGGCCGCACGACGGGCCGGCGAACGUCCACGGAUACGUGUCCAGGAACCCGCUGCCGCCGCCCGCCAAGCACCACCACCAUUCCCACUCGGCGAGACACAAGUGCGGCUCGGAGACGCAGGUGUAACGCAGGAAGCGAGGGCGCAGCGGCUGGGCCUGGCGCCUCCGGCUCUCCCCUCCUCCGCCCCUGCCCCGGCCUUAUGGGGAAGGAACCUUAUCUAAGUCAUUGCAAGACUAGUUCAAUUAUUUCGGAUGGGAGAAAGCGUCCACUUCAUAUCGCAGUACAUAGACUUUGAUGACACAUGUGUUCACAGUAGUACAAGAUUACGCAGUUGAUGUGGAAAAAAAAUGCUUCCAAAGUGCCUGCCUGACAAGAGUGCCUGACUGCUCAUUUACUUAAAAUGACAAACAAACAAAAGCAUUGAGACAAAACAGUUCAUGGACAAAGUAACAAACACGGUGCAUGACGUGUUAUUUUGAUGUAUUUUUUCUGUACAGAAAAAGAAACACCGGCUGCCAGCCAUUUAUUUUCCCUCCCAUCCAUGUUUUGUGUUGUAUACAAGACGUGUGUAAACCAAAGUAAACACUGAAGCUUCGGGCUUCGAGACAGCUCAUGGUAGCAAAGGCUCGUCGUAUCCGACUCUUACACAAGAGUUUAUUGGUGCUUUUAUUUAUAAGUUUGUGGAUUUUUUUUUGUGAGGAAUACUUCAGAUCUUCUGUUUUUGUUUCCAAGAGAGAGGAAAUGUGUUUUUUCAGUGGAAGUGAUACAAGCGCAGUUAUAACAGGAUUUUAUUCGUUGAAAGAAGAAGAAGAUAAGAAGAGAGGAUGUUUUCGUAAAUGUUUUUUGGAAAACGAGUGAGAGAUGAAAUGAGUGGAUAAGAUUAGCUUUUUCUUGUUUUUACUUGCAACAACAAUACCUCAAAGUCGAUGGAAAUCCAAGAGUGAAUUACCAAAUAGGUAGAAACUUCGAUGUUCAAAAAAUUUCUUUAUUUCUUUAUCCCAGUAUUACAUAAUUCCAAACUUCAAUGUGUAUUAUUGUACUUUCUCCUUUCUCUCUUUUUAUACACAUUUAUUUCAAAAUUAUUCCAAAAAGACGUUCAUCUUUUGUGAUUUCAGAGUAAGAAUAGCAUAUUUACAUAUAUCUCUCAGUGGUUGGAUAUAAUGUUGAUUCUAAAGAUACAAUACACACUACUGUCUUCAUCUGUCUACAUCAAUCUAGCUGUCUCCCAACCCUUUCAUUUGUCUCAUCUUGCUCCCCCUUUAAUGAGUUUCCUAUUUAAUUUUCACUCUCA